GCCUUUCUUAGUAUACAAAGCUAUUCCACGGUGGAAUUUCGCUACUCCAGAAAGAGAUUUGUUUUUAUUUCAUUUAGCGUAAGAGAAGAAAGAGGAGUUCUUCUUCUUCUUGAUGCUGUGCUGUAACAAUCCUAGGCUUGCCCAAGCAUUUUUAAAUGGGGUUUUUACAUUUGCCUGCGGUCUAUUCUAUUGUUCAGAUCUCUUCCGUCUUUUGUUUCGUUUUGUUGCUAUGCCCUACACCGCUCCGUUCUCUGCCUGAACAAAGGGCAGCGGAGGGAAAAACUCAACAAGACACAAAAUGCUGUUUUUUCACAAGGGCAACGGGACGGCGAAAGCAACCACCUCCUCCCGUCGGCGGCUAAGCGGGUCCAUUGCAGCCGCGCGGGGGCGGCACGUGGCCGCCGGGCGCCGCUCUUCCCGCCUCGAACGAAAGGAGCCAAGAUGGCGGCGGCGGCGGCGGUGGGGAGCGGUGGGGCUGCCGCGGCUUCUGUGCUGAGCCGAAGCCGGUUCCGAGGCUGCCUGCUCGGAGCGCUGCUGGGCGACUGCUUGGGCGGCGGCUUCGAAGCUUUCGAGACGGUCAACUUGACGGAGCUGCUGCGCUUCGUGCGCUCGCUUCAGCCGCCCGAGAAAGGUAAAAGGAGGAGGGGCGGAGGCGGGCUGGGCCGCCUCCGGAGUCAGCUGGGCCGCUUUUACCUCAGCAGAUGGUGACCCUCAGGGGUGAGGGAGGCGGCCCUUCCUUUUCGGGGGGUGUGGGGGGGAGGGAGGGAGAGCCCCCAAUUUAUUUGGGGCAAGCGACCCUUCCCCGCCCCCCUCAUACAUUUAUUCCCGAGGGGUCGGGGCGGCUCACGCCUCGGUGUGUCGUCGGGGCUGUGACAUUUUCUCCACGGUAAACGGUGGGCAGUCACGAGAGGAAGACUUCGUGUUGUGGGAUUAUCAGCCCGCCUUGCGAAGCUCCCAUUGCUUGGGGCCAGAGGCCGCAAAUUCAACUUGCUCAGUUGAAGCUGGCUUUUUUGAGGUCUUGCUCAACAAGACCGCUUUCUCAAAAGGGUCGGGGUUUUUUUGUUUUGCAGUAAGGGGAAGGCAAACGAAUGAUUUGACCCAACGACGCCUGGCCUGCUCCCAAGACAAAUAGGAGUGAAUCCUCAUUAAGUAGGAUUCUCUGCGUCGUCAAAAUCAGCAAACAGGUUGGGUGGGAAGCACCCAAGAGUGUGUGUGUGAGAGAGAGACCUUGGAAAGCCAAGCCUGAGGGUGCAGAGGACGAAAAGUGAAUUUAUUUCUGAUGGAAACUUUUAAAGAAAUGGCUUUCUGGCUCUGUGUAUGGUCACUGUACAGAUUCGGGGCAUGGAAUUCGAAGGGUGAUGAACAACACUCGGGUGCUUUUAUUUUGGUUAUUUUAUUUUGGUUAUUUUUAAUGCCUUGUCAGAACGGCAGGCCCAAGACAGGUUGGCACCUGAGGCGAACCACAAAACAUCCUCCCCAGCCAGGGAAGAAAGGGAGUGUGAAGAUUUGCACCAGGAACAAGGGGGUUAUACGGAUCCACAUAGGGAAGAUUUGGGUGAGUAAAGAUCUACAUCAGGGACAACGUGGGGUGGGGGUGGGGAAUCAAAGCAGCCUUCCCUGCUGGUUGAGGUGGGAAUCAAAGGCGGGGAAGAGCCCCACUCUGAAUCAUGCCAGGUGGGUGCAGACUCCAGGAGACCCCAGAGGCAGCCCUUGCCAUUUUCUCCAGAGGGAUGGGAGGAUACAAGCCACAUCUCCUGGUCACUGGGAUGUACAAAUGGCAUUGGGGAGAGCGGCCACUGUGGAAGCAGUGUUAGAAACUCAGAUAUAUACAGUGAUACCUCUGGAUACGCACACCUCCGGUUGCGUAUCCUUCAGGAUGCGAACGCGGCAAUCCCAGAAGUAUUUUUCUGGGUUUCGCCCCGUGCGCAUGCGCAGAAGUGAUCCCUCCAGUUGCGGAAACCUCGGGAUCCGACUGGAGCUCCGGAACGGAUCCUGUCCACAACCGGAGGUACCUCUGUACACUAAUCUCCAAACGACACCUUAAGCAUAGGUUGCAGUUGCCACAACAGAAUGUAUAGGUUCCAUUUCCCCCCAUGAGAUUUAUUAUUAUGAUUAUUAAUAAUAAUAAUUUCAUUUCUAUACCACUUUGUAUUUUAAAGAAAAAAUCUCAAAGCAGUUUAUAACACAUUAAAACAUCAAAUAAAAUGAUUCAGAAUAAAACAAAUUCAAACUUCAAUGAAAAUAUUUCCAAUCCUUCUAUGUGACGUUUUGUUUUACCCAUUUAUUUACCUCCUUAAUUUAUAUAGCAAUUAAUAUUUUACAGACGUUUAACCUACAUUUCAACUUUAACUAUUUCCCCAAAUACAUCUAAUAGCCCAAUAAAAUGACGAUUUAAACCUACCAAACCUAUCAGCCCAACCCCUGCAAUUAUUAGCACGCUCCUAUUAAUUCCCAUUACACCACUAAUUUACACUUAGAAGCUUAGGUUAACUCCUAAACCAGAGGCCUUCAAAGCCCCCAAUAGGGUCGCAAUUCACUGUUUCUGCGCAUGUGCAUGACGUCAUUUUGAGCGUCUGCGCAUGCACGAACAGCGAAACCCAGAAGUAAUGUGCUCCGUUACUUCCGGGUCACCGCAGAGCGCAACCCCAAAACGCUCAACCUGAAGCAUAUUCAACCCGAGGUAUGACUGUACUUUAUUAGAGCAUAAGCUCUCAAUGACAACAGUCUGCUUCAGCAGGUGUAUGAGAUUUAAUCCUAAAUUGGCAAGCAUACGUAUUUAUGAAAACUUGUACAUCCCACCCUUUUAGAGUAAAAACAGUUCCUUCAGCGUGGCUUACAGCAUUACGAUUCCAUAAAACAAUGACAAAAAGAGAGAGAGGCAGCCACAUUUAGCCCAUAAAAACAAUUGUUUACCUCAUAAAAUAAAAAGGUCCUCAGUAAGCAGCAAAUAACAAUGAGAGGCUGCUUUGGGGGAAAGGGUGGAAUACAAAUUCAAGCAUCAUUAUUUAAUAAUAAUAAUAAUGUGUGUAUUAUACAUAAUAUGAAAAUUAGGUCUUUUUAGCGUCUCCACCCAGAUUAUGGAACACUUUUAUUUGUUCCAUAAUCUGGGUGGAGAUGCUAAAAAGACCUAUGCGCACAUUGUGGCAGAGAUCUGGAGCAAAGGAAAAUAAAAUGCAAAAUGAACAGCUGACAAUUACCUAAAGCAAAAUAGUUACAAUGACAAAUUGGUGAGCCUUUGGUGUAAUGAAAAAACAUUAUGCUCUGGAAAUUCUUCUGUUGACUAUUGCCAUGGAAAUAACCUAAUUUUGCCAUAUCAUGUUAUAAUAAGAUGUUUGUUUGUUUAUUAUUGUUGUUGUUAUUGCACAGUGCCAGUAUUAUAACUGCAGACAGGGAGUGUCUGGUUGUGAGCUCCGGUAUCUCUUUUCCCCACCGAAUGAAGGUUUUAUCUGAGCCCCACUUGUGUGUGUUUUGAAUGCUAAGAUUAUGCUGAACUCAGGAAUGGGUGAAGUUCUCUGAACAUGUACAGAGUGACCUUCUUCCCCUGGGAUUGCCUGAUACCUCUUUAUCAGUUAACUACUCUUCCCAAAUUUUUAUUGAGGGGAAAGGGAAAAGAACACACUCAGCACACAUCCACGUGCUUUCCAGUCUGUCCAUCGUAUGCUGACAUUUCUGCACUUCCUACCUUGUAGGAAUCCACUUCUACAGUGAUGACACAGCUAUGACUCACUCGAUAGUGAGGUCACUACUAGCCAAGCAGGACUUUGAUGAAGUGGAUAUGGCAAAGCGGUAAGGAGGGUGCUGUAGUUACAAGAGAUCUUGAAGAGUAGGUGUGGAAAAUCUCUUUCAGCUUGAGAUCCUGGACAGGUGCACCCAGUCACAGUUCACAGUAAUGGGCUGGAUGGACUGAUGGGUUUGACAAAGAAAUUAUUGAAAUGGACUCUGUCCCUUUUUAUUUUUAUGAUUAUUCAUUCCUUUCUGUAUCCUAAAACACUUCUCAACUGCUUCCGUGGGAGUGGGAAUUUGCACGUUCACAUUGUUUUUUGAAAAUUUAAAAAGACAAUGCAAUGAUCCUGUGCAGAUUUACUCAGAAGUAAAAUCUACCCUGUUCAUUGGGACUUAGCUCUCAGUAUAUGAGUGCAACUUAAGGCAUCUUUGUGUAGAGUUUCCUGCAUGCUUACCCAACCAUACCAGUUUUUAACAAAAAUGAAAUGUCCUGGAGGCUUUUUGUGUGGCGUGGUGGGAAAAGGGGUGAGAGUUUAUGUAAGCAUUUCUCUUCCCAGGUUUUGAGGAAUUUCUCAGUCCUCCUUUCUUGUGUUAGGCAAGAAACCUUCCCAGAGUUUCCUUUAUUCUUAUCUGAUUGUUUCCACUACAGAGAUGUACAUGUUUGGCCACGUCUAGGGUGCUUCUUUGCAUGUAUUUCCUAAACACACAGGGACAGCCCCUAAGAUACUGUUGAAGAGGGCUCGAGAAGAAUCUAUGUCCUGUGUGAAAUAGAGUUGCAAACUUUAACUUGAUUAAGUAGCAUGAUCAGUUAAUUCACCCACUUUGCCACUGCUGGGCAAUCAGGCACUGUACUUAUUGUUCACCUAUUGGCACCUGUAGAAGACCUUCCUUUUCCAACAAGCCUUUUAAGUGGAAAUUUUUAUCCCAGUCCCCCAAUGAUUGGCAUUGGGACCUGUGCUUUUUAACUUGUUCAUAUAUGAUCUAAAAGUUGGGAGAGAACAGUGCAGUAGUCAGGUUUGCUGAAAGAGGAGUAGACCAAUUAAUUCGUGGAGGCAAGGGCUAUCAGUGGCUAUUAGCCAUGAUGUCCGUGCUCUGCCUUUCCAGUAGGAGGCAGCAAUACCUCCAAAUACCAGUUGCUGGAAACCAUAGGAGGGGAGUGUGCUCUUGUGUUCAUAUUUUGCUCGCUGGUUUCCCACAGACAUCUGGUUGGCCACUGUGAGAAUAGAUUACUAUUCUUAUGUUCUUAUGUAGUCUUAUCUUCAUUGGCCUAGAAAUUGUAUUUAUAUGUGUUUUCUUAUUGGUUUUCUUAUUGGUAAAUUGCUUUGGGAUGUUUCAUGGGAAGCAAUUUAUAAAUGAAAUAAAUAUAUCCUCCAAAUUCACCCUGCUAACUGGACCAACUAGGCACUAUUCUUUUUUCAUAUUAGCAGCUGUUCAGUGAUAGCUCACAGAAUGUAAGUGGAGUUGCAUUUUAACAUAGUCUCCCUGCAGGUUUGCUGAAGAAUACAAGAAAGACCCUGACCGGACCUAUGGCGCCAGUGUGAUUACUGUAUUCAAGAAACUUCUUCGCCCAAAAUGCAGAGAUGUGUUUGAGCCAGCGAGACAGCAGUUUAAUGGGAAAGGCUCCUAUGGGAAUGGUGGUGCCAUGAGAGUAGCAGGCAUUUCACUAGCAUACUCUAACGUUCAAGACGUAAAGAAGGUUUGUUGAUUUCUUAUACGUAGCCUGCUGAAAUAAUGCUGACUACAUAACAAUAAAAGUGCAUCACAAACAGUGUCCUAGGCUGGAUGGACAUAUCUGUGUGUAUGGAAUGCUGUCUCCAGUGAGACCCACCAAGUGCUGGCAUUAACAUCUUUCCAGUGCCACGUUGACAUGUAUGAUGGUUACUGCUGUUUCUGGGUGUGCAUGGUUUUUUUGGUGUAUGUGUGUGUGUGUGUAUUGCCUCAUUAAACUGGAUGGAGCUUUUUACUUGUACAUGUAAUUUGCAUAUUAGGGGACAGAUAAAUAAAUAAUAAUAUGUUGGUUUAAUUAGCUGAAAUAUGCAACAGUCUCAUAUCUGCAAGGGCCAAUGUUUUUGUAAUAUUUGCAUAAACUCUGUAAGGAGCAAUCCAACAAUAUCAUCCCCCAUAAUCUCUCCAAUGCAGCCAUUUGCUGGUUGCCAUGCUUAUGGGAUGUCAGAUAAGAGUUACAGGAUUUGGUCCUGCACAUUGUGGUGCCAAUAUCUUAGGAAGUUGCUGCAGUUGUGCCUACUGUUAUAGUAGUGUUGGUGGGAGCUCUCAGGGACUUGUCAGUGAAUGGUGUGUGUGUGUGUAACAGUUCCCCUCACGUGUACUGUGCGGUCAUGACAUUGAGAAGAGUCAUGUUGCAACAUGCAAAAAGUCUUAGGCAGGGUGGUAGCAGCAUUGGACUAAGGAGCAGUAUCAGAACAGAUUGAAGAGAAUUCUUUUUGUGUUGUGAUAUCAGAGAAGUUUAGAAAAGUUCAUUCAGGAUUUUUAUAAUUUGUUGCCAGAAGCCAUGGUGAUGGCCACUUAUUUACAUGGCUUGUAAAAAAUGAUGAAACAGAUUCAAGGAAAGUAAGUCCACUAAUAACUACCACCAGAUUCAGAGACAAAAUUCCUCUGAAUAGGAGGUGCUGAGGAACAACAAGGGUGGGGGUAGUGCUUUCAUGUACUGCUGGUGGGCUUUCUGAAAGCAUUGGUUCAGCCACUGUGGAGACAGGCUAAGAACAUAAGAGCCAUGCUGCAUCUGGCUAAAGGGCCAUUUAGUCCAACAUCCUUCCUGUCCUCAUAGUGGUCCUUAACGAAAGCCCAUAAGCAGGACCUGAGCAGAACAUUUCUAACUUGUUCCCCAGCAACUGGUAUUCAGAGGCAUAUUGCUUCAUAGCUAGAAGCCACUGACAGCUAUAUCCUCCAUGAGUUUGUCUAAUCUGUUCUGAAUUUUCUCACAUUCAGCUUCAGAUAGUGGCCUGGUCUAGCAGGGUUGCCUUACCUUCUUAGGUUCAACUCCAUAUGUUGAUACUGUGGGUAAGUCAGAAAGGCAAGGAAGUCCUUAGACUGCUUUGUCGCUGCUUCCUACAACAUUUGUUGCCAGCAUCUGUCAGAGAAGAUGCUAGGCAGGUAAGACACGCACCCUGUUGGUUUAAGACAUGCACCCUUCUUCAGGCUUAAUUUUUACAACAGUGUCUUCUGCUUUUGCAGUUUGCCAAAUUGAGUGCUGAAUUGACCCACUCCAAUUCCUUGGGCUAUAAUGGAGCCAUACUGCAGGCUUUGGCAGUUCACUACGCUCUACAGAGUGUAGAGCUGAAUCGGGAGAAGUUCGUGGAGCAGCUGAUAGGCCACAUGGAGGAAGUGGAAGCAGAUGACAAGUCUGUUGCGGAUGCACGAAUGUAAGUAAUAGCCAUCUGAGGGCAGGCUUACAUUUAUACUUGGAUGUAACACAAGGGGGCAGCAUACCCCCCCUUGAAGCACAUGCCUCAACCCAGUCUCUCAUAUCCAGGCUGGGCUAUGAGGAGUUGCCAUAUUCAAAGCGUCUAAAGAAGAUCAAAGAAUUUUUGGAGCAGAGCAACGUGUCAAAAUCAGAUGUGGUGUCAGAAUUAGGUAUGUACAAUAUUGAGCACAAGGCAUGGACUCCCGUUUUGUGACCAGAAAACAGUAAAACAUUAAUCUGUAGAAUUGUAAAAUUCAAGCAUGUGGUUUAUUUAAAUCAUCAGCAUUGGGGAGGAAGUAGAUAGAAUAGUAAAAUAAUUGCUCAGUUUUGAGUGAGAGAGUGGAUGAGUUGUGGGAGGUUUAAGACAAAUUAUCUUCACACAGUGCUUACUUGGCUGUUGGAAAUUUUCAUAGGAUGUUAUGAAAGUUGUGGUAUAAAUAGCUUAAACACAUACAUACACAUGAGUUUUUAAUGGUUAGGUCUUUUGGGAACUACUUGCUGAUAGGCAGAAAUGGAACUUCAGCAUUCAGAGUAGCCACAAUUCCAAGUAUCUGAUCUUGCAGGUGCACACUAGGAUGUGUUUAUAGCCAGCAUAACAUGCUUGUGGAUUUAUGUGAGGCAUAAUGGUCAUGUAUAUAACGGUAUGGGUACACACACAUACACGUUUCUAUAGUAAUCACUUUGUACUGAAUAUAAUGAGAGUUUAUGGUGGAAGGCUAGGUGCAUGUGCUGUUGCUUGCUAAAGGGAAUUAAUUCUUUUGUCAGGCAAUGACAUUGCAGCCCUGCGCUCUGUCCCCACUGCUAUCUAUUCCUUUCUGCGCUGCAUGGAGUCUCACCCAGAUAUCCCUGAGGACUUCAACAGUCUGCAACGGACCAUUGUCUACUGCAUCUCAUUGGGUGGGGAUACAGACACCAUUGCUACAAUGGCUGGGGCAAUUGCUGGGGCGUAUUAUGGGGAAGAGCAGGUGCCCCAAAGCUGGAAGUAUAGCUGUGAAUCUUUUGAGGAGACAGAAAAGUUGGCUGACAGCUUGUAUGAACUCUACUGCCAGCGGAUUUGAGCCAUGGAAAAAGGAACCCUGUACCUGGUCAUCAGAGCUGUGUUUCUGUUUCAUCUUCCAAAGAAGAACUCGUUUGCAAUGUGGGGCUUCUUUUCCCUCAUGGGAAACAUGCCUAGGAUAUUUUGUGUGGCAGAUAAAGGUUCCUCUUGUAACCAAUUGCUCAAAAGUGCCAGUUGCUUUCUGCUGCAUACAUAAUAUCUUGCUCCUCUUACAGUCUCUGAAUUUUAGGCUUUUAGUAUUAAAUCUCAGUUGGAGUCGAAUCUCUCUCAGUUCACUAUGCCCAAGUGUUGGGAACCCUUGGUACUGAGCUCUGCUGGGAGCAAGGUAAGGAUUUGUAUAAAUUGCUUUCCAUCCAUUGUUAUGGUGCAAAUUCAUCGGACGGUAGCUACAGAAAUUGCUUUUGGAUUUCCUGUGUGGUUGCAAAAGCCAGAGGACGAAAGACUGGACUCUCUUGUCUUGUAACUGAGUAAUCUUGGAGUACUUGAAAUCUGGAGAUUUUACAUAUGUCUUUGAUAACCAGGAAUGUGUGUUACCAGUAGUAAAUUUAAAAUCAAGUAAAAUACACUGCUGCCCUCAACAGAAACCAAAAGGCCAAAUGGAUGACGCAUCCUCCUAAGUUUGAAGGGGAGCAGGUGCCACAUUUCUGGCCACCCAGCAUGCCUGUCUGGACUCCAGUGCCACCAGAUGUCCACAUCAGGGACUAUCGUUUGUGCAAACGUGCAAAAUCCAUAUCACAUGACCCAAAUGAAAACCAGGAAUUGACUGUGUAGUUUAGGUCUACCUCCACUGAACUUUGUGGUGGUGUUAGAUGUAGUACAAUGCCCCCAAGGAAAAUGGCUCAGGGUAUCCUCCUACCUGGUUUGAAUUCUAUUUGUUUUUAAGAAACAAAUAUUCAGAUUAGAGUUUGCUAGAAUUUAAAGUCUAACCAAAAGCACUGUUGGUGUCAGUGUUUGUGGCACUGCCACCUUUCUCGUGAGGCCUCCCUGUGCAUACAGUGGCCUCUGGGUCAGUCCUUAGCUGUCCUGGUCAGCUUGAAAACCUUCUGUUUGCUCACAGUGGUGAUCAAAGAACAGGCUUGCUCUAAAGACAAGGAGUGAAAAUAUAAUAAUUACUAUUAUUAUUUAUUGAAUUUGCUAGUCGCUUUAGAUUGCCCAAGGCAACCCAAAGUGACUUACAAACAAACAACAUUUACAUUGGCAUGAUUUUUGCAGGCAGUAAUGUGAAAUGCAAAUCUUUUUGUAAAAUAAGAUUUAUUGAUGUUGGGUCAAUACAAUCAAGUACUGUAGUUUCAGUUCAAAAGUGAAGACCAGUUUUUGAUCACAAAACAAGAGUGCAUUUUAAAACCAAAUUUACUAUGAAACAGUGCAUGUAACAUAAGUAUUUACAAAACUAAAAAUUCGCUAUAUACUAGGUUAGCAAUGAAGAUACUAGAGGCAAACUUCUUUUCUUUAAAAGAGAGAGAAUUUGUAUAUAAAAAUGCAUAUUGUAAUGCACAGUUCAAAGUAGUUUCCAAACCUGAUCUUUCUGCUGACUGAAACCUAAUUCCCACAUGCUCUCCAACAAAAAAAAACCCCAAACUUUGUCACAGACAAUAUCUGGCAUCGCAUUAAAAAAAAAAAAAAAGCUAACUCAUGACUUGUGAAUCAGCCUCUUCAUCCCACACUUCAUUUCCUAUGUGUAAUAACAGCCUCUAUAUUAAGAAGUUUAAAAAGUUGUAUAAAUGCAGAAGGGUUAUGCCCUGUAUGAGAGAAGAGAAGAGUGAGGCUGCAGAACAGCACCCAUGAAACAGAACAAUUUAGUUUGGAGAUAAAUGUGCUUUUUGUCAUUGUGUUUUCUGUCUUACCAGCCAGAUCACAAAUGUUGAAUCUCCAAAGGAGCUGAAAAAAGAGGUUAUCUCUGUGUUAGAACACAGUAUAAAUAAAUUGUGUACCAACACACCCAGGAGCAAUUCUGGGGUUUAUGUGAUUCUCUGCUGCUGUUAGAGUACUUAUCCACCACACUUUCAGUCUCUGCCAAUUUGACUUUUAAAUAGUAACACAUUUUCUUAGAUCUUAUGGUGUUAAAAAUGGAAGCUUAAUACUCUACUUCACAGGAAAAUAGACUUAAAUUUAGAGCACCAGUCUCUUGGAAGUCUUCUUCCAAUAUUAGGCACGUAGAAAAUGUGUGCACUUGGCUUCUUCAGUUUUAGCCUGUGGUGACCCAAUGUGAAACCAAAGAUGUUAUUGCAAGCAGAGUGUGCCUUUGGCAUUCUUGUCCUCUCCAGGAAUUUAGAAAACAUCAGAUGGAAUCAGAAAUCUUGGGCCUAUUCUUUUGCUUGUGUCUAAAUCAUACAAGUUUAAGUUAAAUGAAGGAAAGAAGAGGCAGUUGGCAGCGCAGCUGAAAUAGCAGGUGACCUAAAUUUCAAUUCUCCAGCAGCCAUCUAUCAGUGUUAGUUAUUUUUACAAACCAAAAUGUGAUGAUUUUUUUCUCUCUCAACCGUCGCCCUAGAAUACUUGUUCACAAAUUUAAAGUUCACUGCAUUUUAAUGUUUAAAUACCUUUAUCUACAUUAAACCUGGGAAAAUGAACUAAGCCACUCUCGCCGUAUUGUUGGUAUCCUGGACACUUGAAAAGAAGCUCUUUGAACUAUGAACUGGAUUAAUUCCAUCUAUUUUCUUCAUAACAGGCCUAAACAGUAAGAGGCUCUUGCUUAUUUUUAUGUGGUAUCACCAAAACAGAAUAUUAUUUCUCCAAGAUGAGAGAGCUCGCUCUUCAGCAAUUUAAGGGUAUGCGUUACCACUUCUGAAAGCACUGUACACAUGAUCAGUUAUCCCAAAAUCUGUGAAUAACCUUGUAAGGCAGGUGACAUUUCAAGCAUUAUUGAGAGAAAGUGGUAAGAAAAGACAAAUUAUUCUUUUCCAAAAUCACAUAAAUCUUUGCACACAACACUUUGCACCUUUUUAAUAGAUAUUGCACUAUACUGAAUAACAUUAAGUAGCUAAUAGCACCGUUGUGGAAAUGAUUGAAUGGAAAGUUACCAUGAAAUCUACUUUUUUAAAAAAAUCAACAUUUUUAUGGUGGUUGGGUACUUCCACCACCCUGAACAACAAAUAAAUUUACACAUCCUGAAAAAAAUGGUCUCUUAACUGGCACUUUGAAGAUAACACAAGUCAAGCUAGUAGCAACUGAACCUAUAUCUGCAGUGCCUUUACACUGGUUUUGUCAGACAACAGCGUUCAUAGAACUAUCUCUUUAGGCUGCUGACUCAUGAAGGAUAUUUAGCUACUUGAUUUGCUUAGGGACUAUCAAGCAUGUGCACUUUAGGGAGUCCUGUUUUUGUAGAGGAUCACAAAAGUCUCUGGCUUUGGAAUAUGUUUCACUUGCCAUCCCUUUCCCCAUAUACCUCUGAUGGCAUGAUUUAAAGAUGUGUUAAGCAUUGUGUAAAAGGUGCUCAUGCAAAGCAUUCCACAAUUAAUUCAUCACUUUGUCACAAUUUGACUGACUUGAAUCACACUUUUAGAGCAGAAAGAUUAAAAGUGAACAAAUGCU